UUUUCACAGUAGACUUUGGCUUAGUUAUGGUUUAAAAAUUACUCUUGUAAAGAGCUGCAAAGCGUAUAUAUAGAUUCCUCUAGCUUAGUAAUUCUAGGAUUACACUGCCACUGAGCUAGGAUUGACAUCAAGGACCAUCCUUGUUCUGUGCCUUGUGUAAAGUUAGUGUUUAGUAAAUACUUUUUGAUUGACUUGAAGAAAGAUGCCAUUCCAGAAGCAGUCAAGUGUUCUUCAUAAAUUCAAGGGGAUCCUCUAUUCUACUAUGUGUUCAGAAGAACUUCUAAAGUCCCUGGAUUUUUUCAAUGCAAGAGAAGAUGAUGUGUUUCUGGUGUCCUACCCAAAAUCAGGUACUCACUGGGUUGCAGAAGUCAUUGAGAACAUUCCCAAUGUUAGCAUGAGUCUAACAUCUCCUAUUGAGUUGGGAGACAUUUCUAAAUUUGAAGAGCUAAACAUGUAUCGUAAGAGAAGAGUUAUUCCAACACAUUUGAGCUACAACAUGCUACCUAUGAAUAUCAAACAAAAACAAUGCAAGAUUAUCUACAUUGUCAGGAAUCCAAAGGAUACAGCCGUUUCUUUAUUCCACUACUACAGAGAUAAUCCCAAUCUCCCUGGCAUUGAAACCUGGGCUGGAUUUCUAGAGCUUUUCCUAAGAGGGGAUGUUGUAUAUGGAUCCUGGUUUGAUCAUGUUUUAAGCUGGGAAGAACACAAAAAUGACAAAAACAUUCUAAUUAUAUUCUACGAAGAAAUGAAGAAAGAUCUUUCUAAAAGCAUAAAGAAAAUAAUUAAUUUCCUUGGUAUAAAUGUGAGUGACAGUGAAAUUAAUAAGAUUACUCGGAAAACAUCAUUCAGUGAAAUGAAAAAUAAUGCAGCCAAAGAAAACUGUGAUCCAAAUCAUACCAUCUGUGCCCUCACAACUAAUAGGAACCUGGUAUUUAGGAAAGGAGCGGUGGGUGAUUGGAUAAACUACUUUACUUCAAAGCAGAAGAGAGUAUUUGAUGAACUAUUCACAGAGAAAAUGAAACACAGUGAACUAGCAAGACAUUUUGAAGAUUCCUCUUAAUAUAAAUGGAAAAUGAAGCCACUUUCCGUUUUAUGUGAUGCAGUACUCGGGGAAUACAUAAAUAUAUUUUACCAAUGUGAAAGCAGAUAUUUCUUUCAGUGAGAAACGGACACUUCCUGAAUGUGUCAAAGGUUUCAUGUAUGAGAGACUGUUAUUAACAUAUUUGGUGAUAGCAGAGAAUUAUUAACAAGAGGAAGUUUACAAUCUUGGAAUGGCUGAAUUAUAUAUCUGCUUUCAGGAUAUUCAUAAGGAAAGGAGAUUAUUUCUAUUCAGGGAGAACAUAUUACUGUGGGUGUUCUAUAAACUGCAUUAAUGUACAACAAAAGUGGAGAAGGAUUGUGUAAAAUAACAAAUG